CAUCCCCAUGAGGUGACCGGAUCACCCUUUCUCCUGUUUGCUGAGAUUUUUUUUGAAUGAGAACGGUACCUGGCCUUCCGGGAAAAGAACAUCAUUGCAUUUGUAGUCAGGCUAGGACACCCUCUCCACCAGCACCCUAUUUUCGCCGUUCCCGCCACAGCAACCGCGGCACCGACCAGUCCACGACCCGGUUCGCGUCAUCGAAUCGACGCAUCACUGGAUGGGGUGUAGACUGUGAAGACCGUGAGUGCGUGUGUCAAAUGGGGUACUGAGGGAGACUGGGCGAUCUCAUCCCCUGUGCACUGGUUAAUUGCACUCCAACCUGGCGAGUUUGGAGGGACGGAGAGUCAGGUGCAGUAAGGGCGCCUCAAUGACCGUCUCCUCCCGGGACAGAGCGCCUAAAGCCCAGCGUUUGCAGUGCGGCGGGUAGAGAAGGCUAGAGAACAGCGGCGAGUUUGGAAGUUUUGAUGCAUAUGAUCACAACCACCAUGAUUUUUAUGAUUCUUGGCGCUUCAGUUGUAAUGGCGAUAGCCUGUUUAAUGGACAUGAACGCACUACUGGAUCGCUUUCACAACUACAUCUUACCGCAUUUACGAGGGGAAGACCGCGUCUGUCAUUGCAACUGUGGAAGGCAUCGUGUCCACUACGUGAUCCCGUACAAUGGGGACCAUUCUCUGGUGGACUCGUCGGAGAACUACUUUGUGAGUGACAGCGUGACCAAGCAGGAGAUGGACCUGAUGCUGGGGCUGCUGCUGGGAUUCUGUAUCAGCUGGCUCCUGCUGUGGCUAGACGGAGUGCUGCACUGUGCUGUCAGGGCAUGGAGAGCCAGUCGCUACUAUGACACCCCUUCUUGGUCAUGGCUCCCCUCAUUCUGCAACCUUCGAGAUCUGCGUCGACGAGCCCAGCUCAGACAGCUGGAGGACUCCAGUGGCAACAUGGUCCACAUCAAGCAGAAGCUCUACCACAACGGCCACCCCAGCCCACGCCACCUCUGACUCUAAAACAAGAAUCCCCCAUCCCAGCCCCCCCAAACUGCCCCAUGGCCAACUGCUGCCUCAGAGACCCUGGAAGACUGCCCUCUCACUGUUCAUAACACCCCUGUCACUGAGACUUUCUUAUGACAACCCUGACACAAGUCAGCACCAACCAAUCCAAACUCGAGCAGAAGAAGAAGAUAGUCGCUACUGAAAUCUUGUCUAUGUCCACAUUUUCUGUGUUCAUUGUUGAAACUUGGCAUGGGUACGAUACGGGCAGUGUCCAGAAAGUGGGGGGAGUACGAAUGGGGUGCCACAGUGUGGGUUUUUCUCUAUGGGGAGGGUCUUUCUCUAAAGUGGGAGGGAGGUAAAUGGAAA